UUUCCACAUGAGCACAGCAAGCUGCGAUCACCGUCUUACGGAAUGGGUCUGAUUUGGUUUGUUAUUUUCGAAGGAAAAGUGGAAUAAAUCGUUUCAGCAUGGAGUCAAAGAGACGAGUUCGCGAUGGGAUAUCGUUCGUCCUGCUUUUUAUUAUAGGGGAUUUUUCAACAGCUGUUUCAGGCCAAAGUCUGGACUGCACAAACGACUAUGAAGCGUUGAUGUUUUGCCACAUCGAAGCACUAAACUGCACUGGAUACAGUUUGACUCUGCGGAGCAACGACGUCGAUUGGAAGGCGGACUGUAAUUUCACACAGAGUGAUGUUGGACGCUGUUGCUGCUCUUUCCAUGACAUGAUACUAAUUCUGGGGGAGACUCACACAGCAACAGUUUGGAAAGGAGGCAAAACCAUGGAGUCCAAAAUCUUCAACGUCACAACCAGCCUAAAGCCCAAAACCCCAACAAUCACCUCUGUGAAAGAAUCCAAUGGGAAUUUUGUGAUCAGGUGGAAGACAAACUAUGCGAAGGGCUUCAAUCAGAGCUUAUCUGCUAAUGUGACUUACCAUAAAAAAGGAGAAACAGAAAUGGUGCCUGCAUUCAUAAAACCUACGACAGUUGAUGGACUGAAUGUGUAUGAAAUACUUGGUCAACGCUUGGAGCCAAGAACAACAUAUGCAGUCAGCGUGAAAAGCUACUCCAACUUGAGUGACAAGUACAGUGACAGUAGUGCAGAGUGGGAAUUCACAACCCCUGUGUCCCCUUUUGUCCUGCCCUUGGCUAUCAUCAUCAGCCUCAGUAUUGCUGCAGCCUUCAUCAGUGGUGCUAUAUAUGUCUGCAUUGUAAAGUUCAAAACAAAAUGCUGGGAUAAAAUUGCCAAAAGUCCAAAUCCCAAACUUCCUGAUCUGUUUCCCAGCAAACAAGAGGUCUUGAAGCCUGUGCACCCCAUUAUCUCCUCUGUCUUUGUUGAGCCUCUUGAUCCAGAUGAACCUUGGUCGAAGGAGUUGCUGAGAGAAACAAGCAGUGGGAGCCUUCAGCAGAGCAGUGGAAUCAGUACCGGCUUGUCUCAUCUCAGUGAUGCUAAUACAGAAACUGACAUCAUAGCCUGUGUUCAGGACGCCCUUGGAAAAGCCUUCCCCGGUAUCAGCCCGGUAUCACCUUUGAUUACCAAUCCACUGUCAGACAUGAACAAACACAGCACUUUGCUCUCCUCUGCUUACAACCCGUGUGAUGUCCCAACUAAUGACACGAGGUCUGGAUUAUCUUGCUUUGACAAUAGAACCUACAAUCCCAUCCUCCAAAAUCCAAUCAUAACAGACAGCUCUGAAAUGCCUUGUGACCCUGCAUAUGGUCCUAGCCCGGGGGACUCUGUGACCUGUGUUGACCAACAGGCACCAGUGUGUCUGCCUGUUAAUUUGCAGCCAGUGGUUUUGUCUAUCAUGCCAGCAGACAUGUCAGAUCAGUGCAAUGCAGAUUCUGGAGGAUUUUCAUAUGCAGAGGAUUCCAGUUUGUCCUCGGUUUCAAAUGGAGAUCCUGAGUCAGGAGCUGAGGCCGGGUGUGAGAGUGGUGCAAUGAAGCUACAUGAAAACACUGAAGUGCCAACUGUAUCUGAUGAGAACCCCUGCUAUGGCUGUAUGCCUGCAGGCUCAAACAGCUUUCCUCUAGUGGAUAAUGACUACCAGGCGAUUCAGAAUCUGUCGGAGCAGCCUGAGAUUUUGAUAUCAGAGAGAAGUGGUGAGAAACAGGAACAUUUGAACAAAUAUCCAGAGGAACCAUUCACCAAGGUGCCCCAAAGUUUCUCAAGCCCAGUUGCUCCAGGUUUGAUGAACAAUGUUCAGGGUGAGGAGUGUCUCUCUGAGCUCCAAAGACCUUUUCUCUCUUUGACCCCUGCUGACCAGUCUAUGCCACUAAUCACAAGCAGCGGAUAUCAGAGUGUGUAGUGCUGAAUUGUGAAUGUGUGUGUGUGUGUGUGUGUGUGUGUGUGUGUGGUGUUUGCUUUUUUAAUUUAUUGUGAAAAAAGAGACAAAAGUGCACUUUCCAGAUAAAGAGGAACAGACAAGAGGAAAUGACUACAGUCCUUACCAAGCCCCCAGGAAAUGUAUCGAGCAAUAUGAUGUAGUGACAAAAUAGUUGAAUUUCAACUACAUCGCUAAACUGGACGUAGUGGGCUUGGCUUGCUCAAUGGCCCCCACGUAUACGGAACAGCCAGAGAUGAUCUGGGUAUUUUGAUGCACAGAAGUCAAACAUUUUAUUGGUUUUAUGUGCUGCUGAGUCGCUUUCAUAGGAAUGAACAUGGCCCCGCCUCAAACGCUGUAUCCAAUUGACUACACAUCCAUGAUCAACAAGGUGUCAUGUUUUAUAGAGUCUUGCUGUCAUCUGCCAAAGACCAAUAUGUUCAAAAAUUAAACAGACCAUACUGAAUUUGCCAAGACUUUGCAACUGCGUACGACUACUUUUUGUACAUCAAACAUUCAUCUAGUUUGUUUCCUGUCAUAAACAGACACAAAUAUGUUUCUUUUACAAAUGGUUGAACAAAACACCUGCAGUCAGCUGUCUUAUAUCCAUAUCUCAUAUGUCUUAUUUAACUAAGGUCACAUAGAAAUGUAUUGCCUAAAUGUUGUGUAAAAAUUACAGGAACACAGUUCCUGUAAUUUAAACUCUGUGUCUGAAAUAAUUCACAGCAAUCAGCCAUCAUAAUGAGCUGGUGAUAGUCACUGUUGUGUAACUACUUCCUCAUAGCUCUUCUCUGGAACUGCUGAGCCGCUUCCACAGAAACACCUGGGAACAGCAGGCUGUACUCAUCACAGCAGUCAAAGGAAGUCUCACUGGUUAUGUUAAGUUAUGGGGAAAAGUAAGACAAAUGUUACAUUUAAUGCACAUUUCAUUGGGAGAAGAGGCAGCAGAUGUCAGUGUGUAGUGCUGAAUUUUGUGUGUGAGUUUUUGCUUCUUUAAUUUAUUGUGAAAAAUGAUUGAUGAGAUGAAAGAGAGGGAGGAGGAUGUAACACACUAUGAAUGGUAUUCAAAUCUGUAACAUGACUCCAGUUUAAAAGUUGAUGGCAUCUUUGCCUGUUAUGAUGUCAUACAAAAGUGUACUUUCCAGAUGGAGGUCAGGCAACAAGAGGCAAUGACUACAGUCCUUACCAAGCCCCCAGGAAGAGUUCCAGCCUUAGAAGCCAAUGUUAUAAAGUGGCCAAACAAUUGAAUCACAACUACCAGAUGACUAAAACAUGUUAAACCUGUUGUUAUUCUAGUCGUGCUAUUUAUCAUUGUCACAUGCCAGCCAAUCAGAAAGAUAUUUCCUGUCAUGGUUCAAGGUCCUUUUAACCUUCAUGUACAUGACAUCAUGCUCUUAUGAUAAAGGGUUAAUUUUUCUAUUAUUGUUCUCAUGUCUUGUCUUGUAACUACUGGCACCAGCCUGACCUGCUGGUUUGUGCUUCACAAGUGAAGCACCGCUGCAAGUCCACUGUUCCUCACAAGAACAGAGGAAAACAAAGAAUCGUACAGCUCAAAAGCCGAUAAAGACAAAUGAACACACAUGCAACAAGUUCAAUUAAUAAGAAAACAUGCAGCAGAACCUUUAACAGAUUAUCACACCUUAAUUUAAACCAUAAAACUGACAAAAAUGCUAAAUAUAAUCAGAUAACUUAAAAUGUGGUUUGCAUGAAUCAGGCAAGAAAUAUGCUGCUAAAAUACGCUUUUCUUUUAACACAGAGGUCACACAUACUGACAUUCAGUGAUAUAAUGUUUCUAAGUACAUUUAUUCAAGUACUGUUCUUUCGUGCUAUUUUGAGGUACUUGUACUUUACUUGAGUAUUUCCAUUUAUGUAGCUUUAUAAUACACUACAUUUUAGAGACAAAUAUUCUACUUUUUACUCCACUACAUUUAGCAUGUCCCCUGCACUUUUUCAAAAGGCCAUUUUUGUCGGAUUAUAAAUGUGAUUUUAUACAUCCGUACUCAUGAUAAAUGUGAAACUUUGUUUUUUCCUCUAUAACCGUAUCAUCAAAAUUGAUGAUUGUUAUACCGCAAAUUGUCACACUGUUCAUGUCAUGCAUCAAUAUAUUUUUGUGACGGAUAGUAGAGAUGCAGAAGGAGAUGCAGGAGGAAAGCUGAAGGAGGUAGAGCUGGAGAAGCUGGAGGAGAUGGAGGAGAAGAGGCUGGAGGCUCACAGUUGAGGUUGAAAGAAUAAACAUUAGUCAUGAGAUUAAACAUUGUGACAUUAGCUGGGUCAAGAACUCAAAAAUAAGUGUAAAAUUGGUGGAACAGAGUUGGAGUGAAGUGAAGUUUACAAAAGUUCAAACCAAAAAAAGGGAACAGUAAACUUAAAAGUAACAAUAGAAAACUAGAAGAACUACUAGAAAACACAGUGAACUGAAAGAGUUUGAGUUUUAUUAAAGAUACUUGUGAUAUAUUAAAACCGUCCUCAUUAUUUCAGUCAAGGACACAUUUAAAAAAGAAUAAACAACUGCAAUGGAUUGGGCUUCUGUAGACCUCCAAUUUCAGCCUUUGCAGUUUUAAUAAAUAAAAUAAAGUAUAUAGAUAAUGUUUUCCAUGGUUCCUAAUUAUCACAA